UUCAUUAAAUAUGGCUUAUUGGCUAAACAGUUCACAAUUUGCGGUCAAUGACUGUGACUUCUGUUCACUGACCCGCGCCCUGCUACAUCCAAUCUGUGGUCGAUGAUCGAUCGACUGAUUUAGUGAUAUCAAUUAAUCUACUAAUACUGAUUCUAGUGCUCUGCUGAAGUGCCAAAGUAGUGCCAUUGAUUAGCGCGAUUGGCACAUAUUGCUAACUUCCCUCCUGCUUGACCCUUCGAGAUGGACCACCCAAGGUCGGACCAUACUUCAAAUGCCAUUAAUGUCGAUUUGCCAAGACGUUGUACUGGAUAUCACACCUCAUGCUAUACCUCAGAGGUACCGUUUGAUAGAUUGCGAUCAGUUUGUGGAAGGUCAACUGCUCCGCAUCGAGGAAUUCACAGAUUUCCCAUCUGUCCAAUACGCCGCUAUAUCGUACGUCUGGAAAGGCAACCCUUUAGAGCCUUCCAAAGCAAAUAGUCACAAGAGUUUUUCUGUCGCUGGUGCGCUCGAUGGAGACCCGAUUAGCAUUUAUGCUCUGAACCAAGCCUGCUUGACUGCUGUUAAACAUGGGGCUCGUUACAUCUGGCUCGAUCGACUAUGCAUCAUGCAGACUAAUCCCGAAGACAAACACUGGCAGAUUAGGCAGAUGAGCGAGAUGUACAGGAAAUGCAACCCAUGCAUUAUUCUCCCGGGCGGUGUACAGAAACUUGUGCGGGUCGAUGAAGAGACUGACUGGAUUCACCGAGGAUGGACAUUGCAGGAGUUGCUGUUGCCAGAACGUGCUUUGGUGUUACUUGCGUGGAAGAUCGGAUCAGGCAUGGUGAUAGCUGGCGACGCGUCUGGUACCAUAACCGAAGUCACAGCAAACGAAUCAGCCGUGAUGUCAGCACCUGACAUACUAAAUGCCUGCGUUGCGGGUUGUAUCGAGUUCACCUCCCCCCGUUCAUCUUCUCCAUUACUCAUUCGCAGUCGUGUAUUCGGUUCUGCUUCGCCAAAUCUGUUCGCGACUUCUGUCGCUAUGUCGGAAGAACUAGCGGCCGACCCGGACGCGCGCAACCACGCCAUCUGGCAGAGUGCCCUCAUGCGAACGUCAUCGCGCCCUGUCGAUAUGGUGUUCAGUAUCAUGGGGCUCUUUGGGGUAAACCUCGACCCCAGUAAGUUCGAGAAGGAUGACCGCAUCGGCGCCACUGUUGCCCUCGCGAAGGAGAUACUGCGCCAAGGUGGCAGGGCAAGUUGGCUCGGCAUGUCCUUCCGGCUACCUCCGUGCAGCAUGCUGUGCACAUUCCCUGUUUUUGCAGAGACGAGUGUAUCUGGAAAAGCGCUGGUGCGCACGAAGACAGGUUUGCGAGAGGUGUCUAACUUCGUUGAUGGGGAGUAUCCGAAUGAACUAGGACUUGGCAUUUUACUAUCAGGAGGAACUAUGGAUGACGAUGGCUACUUCACGUUCUCAUCUCGGGCGGUUCGUUUAGUGGCUGUAACAAGCAAGCUGGACCGCGGGCACAAAGAUAAGACCAUCGAUUCAAGUCGUAGAUUGGUUACAUCGAUAAAUGGAAGCGUCUGGGAGAUCGUGGGAGAUGGACAUAUUGGUGAACCUGCUUCACUUGCAAAUACCCACGGCGUCAUACUGGGCUGGUUUCAAGAGUUCUAUCCUGGCGUCACUCUAGCCCAUAACCAACACUAUAUAAAGGGGAUGAUAGUCGAAGAACAUACUCCUGAAAGAUUUCACAUCGUGUCAUUCUUCUCCUUACACAUACGCGACAGGGCGUGGGUCAAGAGCUGGCAGGAGCGUCAAUUCAGUGUUGGAGGUCCAAAGCCGCUUAUGCGCAAGGGUCAUAUAACAGAGGAGGCCUUUGACGCUGUGCACUGUUUACCAGAGGAGGGUGAACGAUCAAGGAAAAGUGAGAGACAUGUCGCAGCCGCCAGGUCUGAAUGGGCGAUGUCUCAAGUCGAAGCAGAAGACUAUUACCUAACGUACACGUGACUACUGUGUGUGUACUGUCAGGCUUAUGUAAUUAAAA